CCAGAAACAAAAAAAAAUACAAUCUUGAGUAUAUCUUGAUCAUCACCACCAUCACAACUGCCACCAUGCCGCCAGCGCCGCCAGCACAACGCUCUUCCCUGCCGCGACGCAUUGCCAUGGCUCUUCUGGCACUCAUCCUCCUCCUGGGCCUAGUCAUCCUCAUCAUCUGGCUCUCAGUCCACCCAAGAAAAUUCCACUACUCCAUCGAGCACGCCGUGAUCAGCAAGUACAACCUCACCAACAACCGCCUCAACUCCAACUUCUACAUGGUCCUCCGCGCGGAGAAUCCCAACCGGAGGAUGUCAAUGUACUACGACAGGAUCGACGUCACGGUGUUGUACGAGGACCAGAAGCUCUCCAUCAACAAUGUGCACCCAUUCUAUCAGCCAAGGAGGAACAUCACCCACUUGGACAUGUAUUUGGUGGCCAAAGAUGCCACGGUGUAUGGCGCCGUGGCCAGGGACUUGGGAAUGCACCAGGCGUCAGGUGGGGCUUUAAGCCUGGACGUCAAAAUUAAGGCCAAGAUCAGGCAGAAGGUCGGGGUUUUCAAGAUUCAUCGCAAGCUUAAGAUCUUCUGUGGGAAGGUGAAUGUGCCGUUCGAUACUAAGAAGGGGUUUCAGAGGGUCUUCUGUGACGCGGAUCUUGAUUAAUUAAGAGCUAUAUAUACACGCCAAGAUUUAUGGGAACUUACGUCUGGCUUGAUGAUUGAUUAUUUUUUUAUUUUUUAAGAGUGUUCUUCCAUGUAUGUUUUGAGUGUAUCUGUUUUCUAUUUCUUGCACAUUUCUUGAAAUUAAAUUGUGUGAUUCGUAGUAUAUGAUUCUCCAUUGAGUUGAUUUUUU